AUGUCUAUCCCCGACGUUGAUAUCGCGCCCGCUCCGGGCAUCUCCUACUUCACCCCCGCUCAGGAUCCUCCCGCAGGUACGGCAGCCAAUCCUCAGACUAGCGGCAAGCCGGUCCCCAAGCUCUAUCAGCCUCUGACCAUCCGCGGUCUCACUUUCCAAAACCGCCUCGGUCUUGCUCCCCUCUGCCAAUACAGUGCCCAGGAUGGCCACAUGACCCCCUACCACAUUGCCCACCUGGGUUCGAUUGCCCAGCGGGGUCCCGGAUUGAUGAUGAUCGAGGCGACUGCCGUGCAGCCCGAGGGUCGCAUCACCCCGCAGGACGUGGGUUUGUGGAAGGACUCGCAGAUCGAGCCCAUGCGCCAGGUCGUUGAGUUCGUUCACAGCCAGAACCAGAAGAUCGGAGUGCAAUUGGCCCACGCCGGACGCAAGGCCAGCACCGUUGCUCCUUGGAUCUCCACCGCCGUGGUUGCCACCGAGAAGGUCGGCGGAUGGCCGGACAACGUCAAGGGACCCAGCGACAUUGCCUUUGCCGACUCCUUCCCCCAGCCCAAGGCGAUGACCAAGGACGACAUCGUCCAGUUCAAGAACGACUGGGUUGCCGCCGUCAAGCGCGCUCUUGCGGUCGGGGUUGACUUCAUCGAGAUCCACAACGCCCACGGAUACCUUCUUUCGUCUUUCCUGUCCCCCGCUGCCAACAACCGCACCGACGAGUACGGUGGCUCUUUCGAGAACCGCAUCCGCCUCCCCUUGGAGAUUGCCCAGCUGACCCGUGACACGGUCGGCCCCAACAUGCCCAUCUUCCUCCGUAUCUCUGCUUCCGACUGGCUGGAGGAGGUCCUCCCCGAGCAGAGCUGGAACAACGACAGCACCAUCCAGUUUGCCCAGGAGCUGGUCAAGCAGGGCGCCGUUGAUCUGAUUGACAUCAGCUCCGGCGGUGUGCACGCUGCCCAAAAGGUGAAGUCCAGUCCCGGUUUCCAGGUUCCUUUCGCCGCUGCGGUCAAGAAGGCUGUUGGUGACAAGCUGCUUGUGUCGGCGGUUGGUGCUAUCACCAACGGACGUCAGGCCGAGGAGAUCAUAGAGAAAGACGGCAUUGAUGUGAUCCUCGUUGGCCGUGGAUUCCAGAAGGAUCCCGGCUUGGCCUGGACCUUCGCUCAGCACCUGGAUGUGGAGAUCUCCAUGGCCAGCCAGAUCCGUUGGGGCUUCACGAGACGUGGCGGUACUCCGUACAUCGACCCUUCGGUGUACAAGCCGUCGAUCUUUGAUAUGUAA